AUGGCCAAAUUGAAGCAACAAGAAGUGGAAAGAGGAUUCGAACGAUUUCGUAAGUUUACAAAAAUAGUGGAUUCGGCAGGAAACUGGGCCAACAUCACUGUGGCCGGGGUCAUGAAUUUCACUGUGGCCGCACUUGAAGAGUAUGAAACUUCGAAUUUGUCAACAGCAGGGAAAUGGAACUAUGAGCACCAUCACAUCCCCCCCAGAAACAUGACACCCCAAAACCUCAUACUCCUUCCUCUUUCAACCCCUAAAUUAUCAAUCGGAUGCCCAAUACUAGAUGACUGCUUGGGGGGUGGGAUACCCUGCAACUCCAUAACAGAAUUGGUAAGGGAGAGUGGUUCCUGGAAGACGCAGCUUUGUCUCCAACUGACGGUACGAGCUCAGCUCCCACCCUCACAUGGCGGACUAGGGGGCUCCUCCGUCUACAUAUUCACAGAAUUCAGCUUCCCAUUUCGUUGA